AUGGCUGUGUACGUCCGGAAGCAUCCCCUGGAGAUUCCUCCCCCAUCUGAAAAGGACUGGCUAAAGGAAGACGAGGAAGAUUUCUUCCUGCAGGAUCCUGAUCGAAUGCGUGAUGCGCUGCCUCAGCCCUUCAGGAUGAUCAACAAACUGGUGAUGCUGGUUUUUGAGAAUGCUAUGGAAAUCAUUGAAAGAAGGGAGAUGCUCCGAGAAGCGGAAAAAUUAAAGGUUCAGCCCACAAAAUGCCUUCCUACAGCUGAAUUCCAGGUACCUGGAAGAGCCAAUUGCUUGACAGUGUCUGGAAAAUACAUCUUUGUCGGUCUGUCCAUGGGUCUGGCUGCCUUCAAGGUGUUUGACUGUAAGGAAGUCUGUGCUUGGGAUGCAGCCAAGAGGGAAAUUUGUGCCAUCCAUGCUUCGGAUUUGGGGAACGAGUGCCACGUCCUGUUUGCUGUGGAUGAAAUGGGGCUUGUCUGGCUCCUGUGCUUUCAAAAGGAAAGCUUCCUUCUUGUUAAAAUCCUGAAUGAAAUGGAGGAUAUCAGUAAACAAAGUAGGUGUGUGGAGGUGGUGCUGUCCCCAGGAGGUGAUUAUGCAGGAGUCCUGCUGCAAGACAGCACAAAAGCUUGGCUGGAGAUUUACCAGUUGCCCAAGGAUUCCUGGCUGAAGGAGAUGGAAAAGAACCCAGGAGCUGCAGCAGGGCUGGCUUGCAGGGAGAGGAGAUCAAGUUGGACAUCUGUGGAGUCUCCUGUGUCUGCAAAAAAAGCUGAUGCGAAGUUGAGUCUCCCAGUGCUGCUGCUGAAAGUGAAGCCACCCAAGCCUGUUACAGGCAGUAGUUUUAAAAACCCUUUGGAUGCCUUGAAGAAAGUGGACGAUGCCAGCAUGCUUGGCUUGGGGUACAAUCACCUAAUCAAGGACUCCCAGUGGGAACAGCAGGAAGCAAUCUUCCACAGCACUUACCGGGAGUAUCUGCAGGCAGAGAGUGAAGGAGAGAGCAAGGAGGAGAUCCUUAGACAUGCUACUUUUCAUUUUCUCCUGCCUGGUCGAAUUCUGCAGGUGGGACCUGAAAUGAAAGUACAGCCAGAUAUUCCAACUGGCAUCAGUGUGCACUGGAGUGAAUGCCACAAUCUCUGCUUCUACUUACUUAACCGUCCACUCAGGGACAAAGUGGAUUCUGAUCCAAAACCUGAUGUUGUGUGGCCAUGUGCAGCUCCAAUUGCAUGCUCAGCUGUCAGCUCCUGCUCCAGGUACCUGGCACUGGCAUGUGAAGAUGCAACAAUAACUAUUUGGGAUAAACACCUAGGAUACCCACUGUCUGUGACAGCCAUUCUAGAGGAACGUCUCAUCCAUAGCAUCCACUUCCUGCGGAGUUCUACAGCUGCCAGUGAUGAGACAUCUUGUCCUGGUACAGAUCCUGCUGGUCCCACUGUGCAGCUUCUAGUGCUGUGUACAGACAGCUCUUUCUAUUUGGUGAAAGCCCUCAGGGCAGGGAAGUCCAGCGUUGAACUCCUGACAGACAGGCCUGAAGAUCCAAAUCUUGCUGUCAGCGCAGUGGUGCCUGUCCUGGCAUUCCCCAGUGCAGCCCUGAUCUUCUCCUAUGAUGGCACAGUGUCCACAUCGCAGGUUAUUUGCUGCUUCGGUAUUCCAUCUUCUCAUGCUGUAGUAUCUCCCUGGCAGCCAGUGUUCACAGUGGAUAAUGUGAAUUGGUGCUUGCUGUUUCAAGAACGUGAGCAGCAGCGGGCAGAUGCAUCGGCGGAGGGCAGAGCCAGUCACAGCACCAUUUUACUUUAUGUCUUCAAUUCCUACCCACUGAAGGAGGCUUUCCCAGAGGAACCAGAUUUGCCUCUCAAAUCGUUGCAGAACCUGCCAUGGAUUGAGAGAUGUAACAUUUUCUUACGUGAUAGGCAGCAGAGCCUGCUGGGACUCAGGGAGCAGUUGCCUGAGUACUGGAGUCAGCUGCAGGCACAAGCAGCUGCCAUGGAUGAGGAGAGACAGAAAGUGAAGGGACAGAAGAAGCUGUAG